GCGAAGAUGGCCGACAGCGUCGUCUUCAUAAGCGACUCGGACUCUAAGAGCAGUCGCUUGUUGCCAGCCCGGCGUCGCUGCUGUCACCGCCCGCCGUCGCCGCCGCGGCGCGCGCUGCCGCCCCCCGCGGCUCUGACCCCUCCUGGGCACGUCAAGAUCCUGCAAAGUGCCGUGUCCUGCCUGCUGGUGGUGCGGACACAGCUGCCUUGCCUUGCCUGCUCCCGCUGCCCCUCAAACAGGACAUCAUCGAUCUGACCGGCGAGGACAUGAACACAGACCCAGCACCAUGGAGCAGCCUUGCCAUCAUUGACCUGACGGAGGACACAUGCAGCCCUCCCCACACCACCAGCUGGGCUGACCAGAACCCUGGGCAGGCACCUGCUGCCCCAGCAGCACACACGUCCCAUCCUCAGCUCUGCUCUACCACAAUGCAAGAAACAGAGGCAACAGCAGAGCCGAGCCCUGCAGCACCCUGGCACAGUGCUCCUGUGGAGCCCGGUGCCACCACAGACACGGCAGAAAGCGCAGAGAAAUGUAGCUGCUUCUCUCCUGCCUCCAGCUGCCACGGCUCAUCCUGCAGCCCGGAGCAGAACUGCAGCACUACCACUUUUAACAGUGACUUGGGCUCCCUGGCCAGCAUGCAGCUGGACUCAGACCUGCUGUCCCUGUCCCCCUCCAGCAUGGACAGCAGCAGCAGCUGGAGAGCCAGUGGCCCACAGGAAGAGACUCCCCACCUCUGCCAGCAAAGGGAGCUGCCCCCGAGGCUGAGCCCUACCCCAGCCACCCCAACACCCCCAGGGAUGGCCCGAGGGCCUUUGCUGGAAGCAGGUGACUCACCACCACACGGAGCAAUCCAGCAAGUGACCCCAGCCAGGACCAAGGCUGACAGCAAGACCUGGCUGAACAAACUGCACUAUUUCAGGAGGAGCGGAGUCCAGCACCUCUUCCUCCAAGGCAUAGCAUCCAACAGGGAAACACAGCAGCGGAAACCCGAGCUCAUCCCCAGUGGGAAGCUGAGCAUGGUGCGCACCACCAUGGAGGAGAACUUCCUGGAGGGUACCUUGCAUUUCCUGAGUGAGUUCGUCUCCCGCCGGCACUGUCCGCCCAAAGAAAUCAUCUCCUACCUGAUCACACAGAUCCUGUUGAACCCCCACCAAGGCGAGAUCCUGAAGGACACCUACAUGCUGCUGAUGAAGAUCCAAAUGCUCCAUCCAGCCAACACCGCCACGGUGGGAUGGGACUGGACGCUGCUGAAAUACAUCAUGGAGGACCAGGAGAAGCCCCCUGGCCGGCUCCUCUUCCUGCAGUAUGUAGUGCAGACCCUGGAGGAUGACUUCCAGCAGAACCUGAGGUUGCGCCUGCUGCAGAAGUCGAUUGCCAAGAAAGUGCUUUCGUGUGACAUGUGCUUCAACAAUGUCAAGGAGGUGGUCGAAUGGUUGGUCGCAGCAGUUACAGGAGUCGGAUUCUCCCAGCCCCAGGAGCAGCCACAAGAAAUUACAUCCUCUUCAGCAGAAGCAAGGGCUGAACACAGCUCAUCUGCACCACGGCUGGCCAGCACUGACCAGGCAGAGAUGGCUCCACCAGCUUUCUUCGCCCAGAAGGUGAUGCUCCUGCUCCAGCGGAUGUUGUCCAUCGCAGUGGAAGUGGACAAAUCUCCAAACUGCAGCUCCUGUAAGAUCGCAGAUGUGAUAUUCCCAUUUAUACUGAAUAUUCCCUUGAGGAGCCAAAGGGAAGCUUUCUUAAACACCAUGGAGAGCCAGCUCCUGCGCUGCAAACUGCUGGAGCUGUUGUUCCAGCAUAGUUGCGAUGUGCCCACGACCUUGCCCUUGUCUCUGUCCAAGAUCCUGUACUUCCUGAGCCACUCCUCUGUGCUGCUGCAAUACCAGGAUGAAACAGCAACAUGGCAAAGAUGGGAUGAGAUGCUGCAGUACUUGAGUUUGCUGCUGCUGAGUUACCAAAACGUAAUGCUGGAGCACUUACGGAGCUCACUCAAUGACCGGAUGGACUUGAUCAUUCAGAAAGCCAAGCCCAAGCUCCAGGAUGGCGAUGACAUCAGCUAUCUGGAAAUUCAACUGAAGAUAGAGGACUUCAUCAGCCAAAUGGAGCAGGUCCUGGGGCAGCCUUUUCCCCUGCAGAUCAUGGAGAAAUUGUGCAUGCUUCGGGAGUUGUUCCUCAUUGUCACUGCUACUUGAUGGAGACAAGCACUGCAGCAGGGGGCACAAAGAGCUUCAUGUUUCCUUUGUAAAACCCCCCUCUCACACUGCAGUCUCAAGUGUCAUAUGGGUUUGUUUAUAUAUUUCUUUGGAAAAACAUCUGGUUUACAUGGUCUCAGAAUUUCCUUUCAAACCUGCCGCCUCUUAUAGUUCUACGAGGCACGUUGUAGACUUUUAAAAAAUAAAUUAUUUUCAUAUUUGCUGGGACUCUUCCAUCUUGGUGCCAGCCCUGCCCAAAGGAAGCGCAGAGCUCUGUCAGCUGUACCUUGGGAUAGCGUCAGACUAACACAGCCAUAAACUCUGACAAUAGUUUGCACAGGAAGCAAAAUGCCAAAAUACCUGUGCGAUGUUUAGGAAAAUGUGGUAUUUAAGAAAAAAAAAAACAGGCAUGGGCUGCAGUGAGGGCAUUCACAGUGCAGAGAUCCCCAAGCCAUCCUCGACAGUCCUCAGGAGAGGAACAUAUCUGUUCCAAAUCAAAUACAUCCAAGGUGAUUAGCAUGUCAAGAGGGAGGACUGGAUAGCAGCAUCAGCUGAAAAGGCUGCACCUCUUCCAGAACACACUGAAGUGUCCACAGUGCAGGCAAGCAUGAGUGUUAAGAUGAAGAUAAGUAUUCAAUUCAAAUACACUGCCAUCAACUCAAAUCACAUUGUGGUCAGAGAGCAGCUAAGCAUUUCCAUAGGUCUCCUCAGACAGUUCAGAGGCAACAGAGGUUGGGAGUGGCAGAAAGACUCCUGUAACUGCCCACCACCCUUUUAUCUGCCCCUGUGGUGGGUGAUCCUUGGCAGGGUCCUAAUGAGAGGACCAGAGUCCUGGAGCAUCAAGCAGCACAGUCCUGGCCAGGAAUGGAGUAAUCCCAAUGUCAGUGUUGCAGACGCUGCAGACCUGGUGCUUGCAAGGCCUCAUCCAGACACCUGGCUUCAGUCAGACCAGAACUGUUUGGAAGGGUCUGACUGGGGGCUCACAGGUUUGCUCCUUGUUCUUUAGGAAGGCUCUUCCCAACUGCCAGAUGUAGAACAAAGCACUCAUCUGCAUGACAUUGCCCCUCUAAUCCAGGGACAAGUAAAGUCUGUUUUGGGAGUAGUAGUCCAGAAGCAUUCCCAACAGUGCAAACUCCAAGUGCUCUCUGCUCUAGAAAGCAGCUCUUCCUGCAUGGUAUGCUCAUUCAGGUGUAUUUUCCAGUUAGGUCCUUUUAUAUCUGGAUUAGACUUCCAUCAUUAGACUAGAAAAGAAGCUGCAUUCCAGCAAGAGGUCCAUAGUUACAGAUGUUAUGGUGUCCCUGCCCAUGGCAGGGGGUUGGAACUAGAUUAUAUUUGGAGCUCCUUCCAACCCAGACCAUUCUAUGAUUUUCUGAUAUGUUGGUCCUAUCCCCAAAACGAUGCUGGAAUAAAAUACAGAAAAUGGAAUAUCACACCAAGAGGCCACACUUUAACCCCAGCCUUUCCAAACUAUGAGAUUAGCCCAUGUAACCAAGACCUGCAGCAGCAGCCUGUACCAGAGUACCUGUGUGCUUCAGGCUGUAUUUCAUCACUUUUAGUUCUGCUAAUGCUCUAGGAGCACAGGAAACCCUCAGACAUCCCCAGCCCAGGGGAACGUCAGCAGCACUUUGGCAGCUACAAAUGCUACAACAGCACUCAAAGCAGAACUUUUCAGAGGAAGGCAAAGCAGGGAUGGCAACACCACUGGGAGCUGGGCACCUCCAAACACCAGCCUGGCUCCCACACCUCUGCCCACCUUCACAGUACAGGUACAAACACAGUACACAAGCCACAAAAGCAAUCUCAGGGACAUGAAUAAUCACCAUUUGAAUAGCUCACGAAAACACAAAGAUUUCAUGUUUAGUUUUGUCUGCACAAGCCCCAAGACAGGACUGGGUCUGGCUUUAAACCUGGUCUCCCUGUCAAAAAGGGAGUUUUACAGAUCAACCAUUUUACCCCAGUGCAAGUGCUGCCAGAGCCUCAUUAGGCAGAACCUUCACCUCAUGCUCACUGGACAGCCCCGCAUUUCCUCCACAGAUGCUUUGCCAGCACUAACACACACCAAGGACCUCCAUUCACAGGAAUUUUAUUUUCUUGUAACAAACAAAAAAUCAUACACAUUAGAGACAUGAAUACAGACAACAAAUAAAUUAAUGUCAAAUGAGAGACUGAUUGCCAAGGUGCAAAUGAGUGGCAACAGCAAAAACUGCUUGGUUGGGUGGGAGACUUUCAACACAACACAUCAUUGGCAGUGCUGUUGAAGCUUGAGAGGAAGCAGAGCCACAAAAUAUACAUCUUCAAAGGGGACAGCACCUAGCCAAGCAAGCCAACUCCUGCCUCACCCUCCAGGAGGAAUGUUCAGUUUAAGAAGGCAGAAACCCCAGAGCUCAACAGUUACCAGCUCUUAAGUAAUCUCUGUAUGAUGUCCUGGCAACAGAGAAGCUUCCAGUACCAGAUGCAAAGCUGCUGCUGCCACCUCGCCACUACAGAAAGCCUGUUGCUGCCUAAGGGAGCUCUGCAACACAAUCAUGAGAUCAAGAGAGGAGACCUGUUUGCCACAGGACAGAUGACAAUUACAGAGCAACACUGCCUACAAUGCUUCAGGGAUGAGAUGGUAGCCAGGAGUUCCUUCCACUUUUCAUGAAAGCAAGUGUUAGCUGUUGCCAGUAACUGGUUCUGCAUAGGCCAAAAAUUACAUAUAGCUGUAUCAUAGUGGGGAGGUAUGUUUAAUUCUGAUCUGCUCUCAGUCCUCCCCCAGCCCUGCAAAAUGCAUUUAAUGCUGACGAAACAAAAAACCCUAUUUAAGAAGUGCCCCGGUGUUUAAUACACUUCUACAUGAUUCAUACAAGAUGCUAGAAAAAUAAACCUAAUCAAGCAGCACUCAGUGUCAGAACAUCUCUAAGUCUGUCUAGAAGGCAGGACAGUGUUGUUUUGCAGAAAGAAGAGGAGGAUUACUUGGUUCAAGCCACACCAGCUCUGGUCAUUUCCACCUUUUUGGCAGAACAUGAAGAGCUGGAAGAGAAGCAAUUCUUCCUCAUUACUGCCAAGCCCCAUUAGAUUCUGCUCCCUGCCUUUCUAAUAAGAGCAUCUUAGAAGUGGAGCAGUGACCAUUUUCCUUUAAAAAAAUUCUAAGAAAAAGAAAUACUAGGUGUUGAACUGUAAGGUCACACUGGAGAGUAAGGGAGUGCCACAUUUAAAACCGAC